AAGGUUCACGGAGGUAGAGAUACGGGUAGAGUGUGCUUUAAAGAUCUCGUGUUGGAGUGAUGGCAACAGGAGUGCCGAAGAUGUUCGAGAUUCCACUCUUUGAUGGGAAAACAAACUUUACGUUGUGGCAGAGUACGAUUCAAGACCUAUUGGUGCAGCAAGGUCUUGAUCAAGCACUAGAGGAGGAGAAGCCUACCUCCAUGAGUGAGAGCGAGUGGAGUAAAAUUCAGAGGAGAGCUGUUAGUACUAUCCGGUUGGCACUUGCUCCCGAGGUUAAGUUUAGUGUGUUGAAGGAGACCACACCAAAGGCGUUGUGGGAUAAGCUCGAGAGCAUCUAUGCGUCAAAGUCGCUGACGAACCGGUUGUGUUUAAAGAUGGAGUUGUACUCGCUCAAGAUGGAAGAAGGAGGUAAUCUUCAUGACCACAUCAACAUGUUUAAUCAACUAGUAUGCCAGCUGAUGAAUGCCGAUGACAAGAUUAAAGACGAGGAGCAGGCGUUGUUGUUGUUAGCAUCAUUACCGAAGUCCUACAAGCCAUUGGUGCAGACAUUACUUGUAGGAAGAACAACUCUCACGGUUGAUGAGGUGACUGCUGCUUUACGUGAGAGUGAGAGGAUGAUGAGGAAUGACACUAACAACACAGGAGGUGAUCGCAUACUAGUUGCAAGAGAGCGUGGGCUAGGGAGGAACUUACCGAGGAGGCAUGAUGAUCCUAGAGAGAGAUUAAAGUCUAAGGUGCGUCGAGAUCUAAGUGAUGUGGAAUGUUACUAUUGUAGGGAGAAGGGUCACAUGCAAGCAAGAUGUCCUCAAAUGAGGGAGGACUUGAAGAAGUUGAAAGAUACGUCACAAAGGAAGGGUGAUGGUGACUUCCACACGAAUGUGGUCGGUGAUGCUGAUGAUGGAGAUUUGUACUUGGCAAUGGGUGAAGAGGUUGCUAAGUCUGAGUGGGUGAUGGAUAGUGCUGCCUCGAUGCAUAUAUGUCGAGAUCACGAUUUGUUCGACACCUUGAAGAUUGAUGGAGAAUUUGGUCACUUCAACUUGGCUAAUGGUGAGAAGUUGAAGGUCGAAGGUACCGGAAGCGUGAGGAUGAAGCUUCACAAUGGUGCAAGCCACAUUCUUCAUAAUGUGAGGUAUGUGCCUACUAGCAAUACUAAUGUCAUAUCAUUGGGUGAAAUGACAUUAGAAGGGUGUAAGUUCUUUGGCACGAGCAAAUGGUGCAAGGUGUUCAAGGGGAGACGUUUGAUCAUGAGAGGAUGCAAAAAUGAGAAGAACGUUUGCAUCUUGGAUGGAAGAGUCGUGCAAAGAAAGAGUAGCGGCACUACACUGAAGAAAGUGAAGUUUUCGAAGGAUGUGAAGGUCUUUGGAAAUAUGAAUUAAGGGAGGAAAUGUUAGGAUAUUAAUUCAAUAUUUCCAAAGAUUUGUGAGAGGGAAGAUUCUAGACAAUUCUAUAAGUUGGUGGAGAUGUGUAGAAUUCUCUAGAAUGUUGUGGAGUUUUCUAGAGAAGUGUGGAAGUCUCUAGAAAUGUGUAGAAUAGCCUAAAAGUUUCUAGAAUAUUCUAGAGCUUUCUAGAGAAGUGUGGAAGUCUCUAGAAGCGUGAGGAAGAAUGUAGUGUUCUCUAGAAUAUUCUAGAACUAUGUGGAGUCCUCUAGAUUCUUCUAGAACAUUAUGGAAGCAUGUGGAGGCUUUCUACAAGAUUCUAGUGAUAAAGAGGUGUGUGGAAU